AUGCAGAUCUUUGUCAAGACCUUGACAGGGAAGACUAUUACUCUCGAAGUUGAGAGCUCAGAUACCAUUGACAACGUGAAGGCUAAGAUCCAGGACAAGGAAGGUAUUCCGCCAGACCAGCAGCGUUUGAUCUUUGCUGGUAAGCAAUUGGAGGACGGCAGGACCCUGGCUGAUUACAACAUCCAGAAGGAGUCCACACACCAUCUUGUGUUGCGUCUUCGUGGUGGCAUGCAGAUCUUUGUGAAAACUUUGACAGGGAAGACCAUAACUCUGGAGUUGGAGAGUUCGGAUACCAUUGACAAUGUCAAGGCAAAAAUCCAGGAUAAGGAAGGCAUUCCUCCAGAUCAGCAGAGGUUGAUCUUUGCUCGGAAGCAGCUUGAAGAUGUAGUGUUGGUGAAUAAAGUUGUUUUUAUUUGGAUUUAG